CUUGAUAGUUGUAACAAUUAGUGGUAAUUUGUAAUUGUCCUAUUAUUUCUUUUAGAAACAAAUUUAUAGAAUUGUACUGAUGGUACAAUUUAGACUACAGAAGAAAAUGUUAUUUGUGUCGAGCUGUUUUUGCAUCGGUAGAUUCGGGAUUCGGGCCCAGUCCGGCCCCUGCCCCCUAGCCGCACAUGCGGGACGCAAUGUAUGUAUUUUUACAUACUUUACAUAUAUAUUAAACUAACAAUUGUGUGAAUUGUGAAAUCAAUUUAACCUAAUAGGCACGAUAAUACUAAACUGUAGUGCAAUUAACUUAUAUUCUUGGAUAUAAAAAUAAUAAAAUAAAUGAAUAUGUAAUAGAAAAAGUAUUGAAAUCCCUGGAUUAAUGUGUUUUAUAUAUGAUAAAAGUUCUUAAAACAAUCGUUAAUCUUUAAAACUUACUCGUAAUAUAAUUGUUUACGUUUAGCAGUUGGCAAGCUGCUAAUAAGAAUCUAACACAUAAAAAGACUGAAUUUGUGAAUUUAUUAAGUGUAAGAAAAUACUUAACAAAUGUUAUAAUGAAGUGUCCUAAAAAUUUUGAUAAAGUAAUACAUCAACCAACGCUUACUGAUAUGUGGUUUGGCAAGAAAAUAUAUUCAGAAGUAAAGACAGAAAGUGAUUUCAGUGAAUAUAGUCCAGAGAAAAAAUAUGAAAAUCUUAGGAAAACUUGUCCAUUGAAUAGCACUACUCACAGUGAUGUAGAAACUUCAGCUACUAAUGAGAUAACAGAUAUUGAAAACAACAGCGAUGACAACGAUAUCAUAAAAAGUUCUCAAGAUACCCAUAAAUCUAAAUUAAGAAAUAAAAUUGAUAAAACAUUAGCUAAAAUAUCUAAAACACCUCAAUUAACUCCUCAUAAGUCAAGAAAUCCUAAAUUGUUUGGCUCCCCCAAUAAAAAAUUAAGUUCUAGUGAAGUUUAUGAAGUUAGUUCUAAUGUAAUAAAAAAAGAAAUAGUGGAAUUACUUGAUGAUAUGAAAGAUUUUGAAUCCAUUGAAAUGAAUCAUAAUUUGAGUGAUAUACUUGUUAAUAGCACAUCUCCAAAUAUUUUAGACUGCACAGAACUUAUAAAUCAUCCUGUCGAGAUAGAAUCAUUUAUAAAAGGUGAUACAAAUGCAGAGAAUGAUCAAUUAAAAGAUUCACUUCAAAUCGAUGAAAAAAUGAUGGAACAUGAAAAGCCAAAGAUAAUCACAAAAUUAAAAAGUAUAAUGAUUGAUAAAAAAAUUAGUAAAACUAAAUUAAAAGACAUUAUACCGGUUCCAAAGAAAUCAUCAGAUGUAAAGAAAUUUCAUGAUCUAAUGGAUAAAAGCAAAUCAAGGAAGAACUUAAAUCUACAAAACAAUAAUAGAGAAACAAUGAAAUUGAAAACUCAUGUAUUAUCUACGAAACUUUUAAAGGUAUUGAAGACUUUUAAUGUUCAGUUGCAACAUGAAGUUCCACCUCAACACAUGAUUGAGACUAGUGCUGGAGCACGAACUUUGAAUCCAGAACAAAUUGCUAGUUUUCAAAAUUAUGGACCACUGAAAAGAGGGCCCUAUUCCAAAGAAGAAGAUGAUGUAAUAAAAAAAAACUGGGAAACAUUCUGUGAUGUACAUAAUUGGGACAAAAAUAUUGUAGAACCAUUUUUAUACAUGAGACAUGAAGGUAAAUAUUAUAUUCCUGUACUUGAAGAAAGAAAAAAUUUUGUGCGGUUUUUAGCAAAUGGAUUGCCUUGGAGAAGUUUGUACAGUGUACAUUAUAGAUUUAGAAAUAUGUUUAAUACUUCUGUUUACAAUGGGCCAUAUACUCUAAAGGAAGAUAAAAAAAUUUUAUCAUAUAUGAGCAAAGCAUCAAGUGUAGAAGAUAAUAAAUGCGCAGAAUUGGCAAAACUACUUAAUAGAAAAAGGCAAUCAAUCUGGACACGCUAUCAAAAGUUGAAGAAAAAUUAUAAUUUGUCUGAUACGCCUGAUAAAAAACAGAAGAUAAAAAAACAGUCACGGAGAAAAAAGAAGGAAGCUAUGUCAAAUAAAAUCAAUUUGUAUAGCAUACCUAAGAUUUUUACAGAUAUCAAGUGGACUUGUCCUUUGGUAAAAAAGUUUAUUGAUUCGAUAUUGGAAAUAACAGCUUGUAAUGAUUUAAUGAAUUUAAAAAAUCAACAAAUUGAUACAAUUGUGUGGAGAAAACUAGAGAAAAAAAUGUGUAUUGAUAGCAUUGUUUUGCAAAAUUUUUGGUAUUUGCAAUUGCACAUGCAACUUUUUUGUCCAACACCUAUUUAUUUAAAUGAUAUAAAAGUCAAACUGAUAGAACACAUUUAUACAAAACAACUAGAUUAUCCGGAGGAAAUCAAUUGGGAAAGUAUUUCUGCUCAUUUCAAUGGAAUAACACCACAUUUUUUGUCAAAACUUUUUGAGCAACUCUUUAAUUGUGCUAGAAAAAAUAUCACAGUAUCAAAUUUAAGUGAUGCUUUGGAGUAUUUAUAUAAAAACUAUGUACCCAUGUUAAUUGAGAAGUCAAUAGAUGCCAUUUUACCAAAGUUAUUCUAUCACAAGGGCAAAAUUAUUUGCAUUGAUAAGGGUUCGGAAAAAAAAAUUCCUAACAAGUUUACUACAGAUCCAUUUUAUAAUGAGGAUGAAACUUAAAAAUUUGAAAUAUUUUUAUACUGUUGUUUAGCGGUACAUAUGUUUAUAUUAUACAUAUAAGUAUAUGCAUAUAUAUAUGUAUAGUAGAAAUACAUGCAGAUGCUUUUUCCUUAUUAUUUUUAUAUUUAUUUGAAUUUGCGAGAUUUAAACAUAUAUUUAUAAAUUAAUAGAAAAAUUUAAAUACAAUUUUUUAUUGUCUUAUAAUUGAAACUAUGUAAAUAUUAUUAUAGUUCAUAGUUCAUUAAGGUAUAGUUCGAUGAAUCCAUUGUUAAUGAUUUUACUAUAAAAUUAUACGAACAUUUUUUGUAUAUUUCCUUUUAACUAUAUAAACUCAAUUAUAAAAUAAUAAUAAACAUUUCUGAACUCAAAUUUGAGAACAAAUUCCGCAAUUCUCAGAUCAUAACAUCGGCUUUUAUGAAAAUUUGAUUUUUUACUUGCGUUUUAAGAAUAUUUUUUAAGCUAAGAAUAGUACAUCUUUCUAGAAAUACAAUUCAUAAACGUUAAAUUUCAUGGAAUCUCAUUAUUAAAAAAACGUUAGGGUCGCCGAAGUUUUUAAAGAAUAAUUUGUAAUAUACGUUAAAUUGAGUGUAAAAAAGUCAUUUUGAUAA